AACGCUGACAGUAAUUGCUCGUAGUCCUGAUUUCGAGCGAGAUUUAAACGCAACGAAGAUGCGCGCGUGCGAUAUGCUCGAGUGCAUAACGACGACGCGAUCAUGCAAGGCUUCCUAGCAUCCUAGGUGUCACUCGAUAGUGAAAUAGUGACGCAAUGCCGUGCCCGGAGAACUAUAAACCGUCACAAGCGCUGCUCAGGUUGAGCCUCCGCAGCCGCGGCCAAGAAUAUCCAAGAGUGGCUGCUCUUCACGGCAUUGCAUAUGUCGCCGACCCGACAAGACCGCGAGCAGAGAGAAUCGCCUGGUGUGUUUGCGUUUUAAUAUCGAGUGCUGCGGCGUUGGGCAUUAUUGUUACGCUUAUGGACAGAUUCCAGACUGAUCCGAUGUUGGAGAGCUUGGAUGUCCGACUUGACGGCGCUCCGAUUCCUUUACCAAAAAUUUAUGUCUGUCCUCCUUGGGAAUCGUUUGAAGAAAAUGGUGCAAAUAAGAAGCCCGGCAACGAUGUUUACAAACGUCUCUACAAAUGGGACCUUAGCAGGCCUCUGCAUGGUGUAAACUUAACUAAUUCUGAUGAAUCCGCACGUGCUCGGGAGUUUUUCGUUCAGCAUUCACCAAAGUGCGAAAGUUUCAUCCGAAACUUCUCUGUGAACGGAAUACAAUUCAACUGUUCCUCUUUCGAGAGCUUUUUUGGGUCAGCGGGCAAAUGCUUUACUGUCCCAUCUGUGGAUAUUGUUAUCGAUACCGUCGAAAUCAACUUCAGCUUUAGCCCGAGGUUCUACCCAACAAGAAUUUAUGUGGCUCUACGCGAAGAUCCAGAUGUCCUGAUGCAUCUUCCGUUUCACAUUUUUCUGUUUCCAUCGACCGUAACGGUGGAUCUGCAAGAAACGUACACGUCACCGGAAGCCAGAGUGCUCGCACGAUUUCAGCGAAAAUGUUAUUUUCCGGGAGAGCAGCCUCCCGUUGUGAAAUGCGUGCUCGAUUGUCAGGUGGCCAACUCUCUCGAACACUGUGAUUGUGUUCCUUGGUACCUUGCCAGGGUUGGUGUCAAGGAGUGUCCGAUAAACAGAUACGAGUGCUUGAGCAGCAAGUCCGCAGAGAUAUUGGACGUGUCGAGGUGUCUAUGCCGGCUGUCCUGCGCCAACAUUGCCUUCAAGAAAGUCCAGUUCGAUAUGAAGUCAGCAUCCGAAAACUGCGAUAUGAAAAUAAUGGCAAGGUCCAAGGUGAAGUUUAGAAGAACGGUUCGGUUCGGCUGGAUCGAUUUACUCGUAUCUUUUGGCGGUAUAGCCGGUCUUUUUCUUGGAUCUUCGCUUUUAUCAGGGGUUGAAUUCGGCUAUUAUUUCUCUCUACGAACCUAUUGCGGUGCCGUACUUACUGCACCAAAGCGCAGAUACAACAUCACGAAAAUAAAGGUUAUCGAUGGCGUGUGGUCGGUAAGUUACCCGACGGGAACGCGGAAGAGGCUUGUCUUACCGAGAGAUGAAACUACCACCUAUGAUUACGUAAAUUGAGCUUUCGUUCAUACGGCUGUAGCUUUUUUUUAUCUCUGAGUAUAACGUGAGUACACUGAUUGGACAAGCGUAGUAAACGAAUAAUCUAAGUAAAUUGUAGAUCACUUUCCCUAUCAAGCUGAAAAUUGUCCUAUAAAUGAUACGGACAUCAUAACACGGUUGGUGAAAAUCUUGACGAAAGCUUCGGUAAUUCAAGAAAUUACACCGCUUGUUGGUAAUACAACAUAUUAUUAAUUGGAUUAUCGACUGAACUAAAUUAUUGUACAACUACUAAUUGACACGCAAGCACGGUUGUUCGCCUGUAAACUAAGGUAACGUGUUUUUUAUCGACGCAAGUUUCAAACGACACCAGCUACCUACAGAAUCAGCAGCUUUGACCAGUUAUCCGUUAAAACAGCACUGCAAUCAGUAACCAUGUAAUCUUGACACCAGUAUUCUUAAUCCUUACUCGAAUUAAAGAUUUGAAAAUGAUUAUGAGUUAGAUGAAUUACAUUACUAUUAUGGUUGUUUAAUUAUGUGUUCUGGGGAUUUUUGAAUUGGUCGAACAGUUUUUUGUGUAAUGGGCAAGGGAUAAGUCAAUUACUUCAAAGUGU